UAAUCUCGACACCAUAGUGCGCGCUGCUGCCUCAGAAGCACGGAUGGACUCCUCCACCAAGCUCUACGAUGUUCCUCCCGUCUUCAUGGAGAGCUUGUGCCGCAUCUUGGACAGCGGCGGCGAGCGCUUCGGCUGGCGAGGACUCGCGGUCAGAAUCUUCCCGACUAUAUCAGAAGUGCGGUUGUUGGAGCGCACUGAGGCGGUGGGUCGAAGUCCAACUCGGGAGCUCUUGUGGUCCUGGGCACAGCAGAACCCACGCGUGCAGGAUCUAGUCAAGGUCCUGCAGGAUAUGGAUCAUCAAAGAGCCAUUCAGCUUGUCCAGGAUCAUCUUCAAGCACCGUCAAAUGCAGAACCACGCUUGUCCUCGAACGCCCCACACACCUUUGAUCAGAAGACGUCCUCCCCUGUUAAGGAGAACUCCAUCCAAUUUGAGGUCAUCUCCUCAAGUCCACACACAAGAUCUUUGUAUCCAGCGGAGAGUGUCCUCCCAGUGGUGUCGUACCAGGACGUCAUUGAGGGAACCAAAGAUUUUCAUCAAGAAACCAAAAUAUCAGAGGGGAACUUUGCAGACAUCUACAGAGCACACAUCAGAGAUCAAGCAUUUGCAGUGAAACUUUUUAAGCAGACCGAGAGGGCAUCGUGGAAGAAGCUCUGGGAAUUCUUCAGAAAAGAAAUGGAAAUUCAUCACUUGUACAAACAUCCUAACAUUAUAGACUUGGUGGGAUGUUUUUCGGAUGAAAUCCGCUACUGUCUGGUCUACCCAUAUUUCCCCAACGGAUCUCUGUACAACAGACUUCAUCAUCUGGAUGGCGAGCGCCCCCUCGCCUGGCAGGACCGUCUGGCCAUCUUGAAGGGCAUUGCCAGAGCCCUCCAUCACCUCCACUCAGCACAGCCGUGUGCAGUCAUCUGUGGAAACCUUUCCAGCACUAACAUCCUCCUCGACGAACAUCUGCAACCCAAACUGUCUGACUUUGGUCUGGCCCGGCUUCGCCCUCAUUCUGCCAACCACAACUGCACCAUCACCAUAAACACUGGUUGUCAUAGCAACCGGGCUUACCUCCCCGAGGAGUACACCAGGGAUGGCAAACUCUCCCUCAGUGUGGACGUCUACAGCUUUGGAAUGGUUAUGAUGGAAACUGUAACAGGUCGAAAGGUGAUGGAGGAUUCACCAAAGCCAACCUGUCUGAGAGAGGUGCUGCUCUGCGAGGUGGAGGACAGCAACGGUGUGGAUUCCUGUCUGAAGUUUGUGGACGCUGCGGCCGGACGCUGGGUGACCACUGUGGCCCUCAGUCUCCUGCGUCUGUGUAUGGAGUGCACCAGCAGGAGGUAUAACACCAGGCCCAGUAUGGAGAAGGUUGUGCAGGAGUUGAGUCAGCUACUCCCGACUCCUCGCUGUCCUUCCCUUGAACAUCCACGCAGUCUGGACGACGGCCUCACCGUGGGGAUUGACAGAAGUUUGUCGUCCCUCCCAGAGGAACACGAGUUCCAGCGCAGCAUCUCGGGUCCGUGCGAGUGCAGUCAGUCUGAGGUGACCUACCUGAGCGAGGUCAUGGCGACUGAAGUCAAGGAGGUAGCGGAGGGGCCGGUCAGAAGUUGGCCAGUCCAGUGCAGCUGCCAUGGCGAGACUCAAGCUUUAUCCUGUGAGGACUGCAGAGCCAACGGCUUCAGCUUCAGCCACACCGACACGGUGGAGAGUGAACGUUAGAUGAACCGUCUCCAUAUGUCAAUGCAUUAUCUCAGUUUUUUUUAAACCGAACUAUGAAAAGUGUACAUGCUUAGCCGCUAAAAUGUGGAUUGAUGGUGCUAAAGAAAAAAAUUCAAGCGACAAGGGGUCAGUAAAUAUCAUUUUUCUACACAACAUCAUGCUGUGGAAACAUGCAGUAAACAAGUAUUUAAGCUUUAUUAUUUACAAAACAGAUUAUAGUUCCUGUCAUCUUUCAAAUCUUAUUAGACAGCAUAGUGACAACAAAUAGGAAAAAACAAAAUGAGUUGUUCCAGCACAUUCAAGUUGGACUUUAAAUCCUCAAGUUGUGGUAGAUGGGACGUUUUCUCUAAAUUGUCUUUUUAAAAAAUAGGUCCUGCUCGUUCUACUUGUUCUCUAGGUCCACGACCUGGAUGCUAGGUUUGUUCUUCGACCUUUUGUGUCCAGGCAGCUUUAGGUUCUGCUCUGUGAUGCUGCUCUCAUCCUCAGAAGACUCUGUUGAAUCUUCAUAGUCACUUUCUGAUCCACUCAGCUCCACCAAUGCUACAUCCUGGAGACAUUCACAAAGUCAUGAAGCUAUGAGCAACUUUGAAUUUAAAAACAGAAUCCAAAGGAAACACAACUCACCAUCUCAAUUACCCUCUUUGCAUCUUCAACACACUCUAUGUCAAACUGUCCGUUGGGACAUUCUGCAAUCUGCUGCUUUAGUCUCUCGUUGGCCUCCGCCAUUUGUGGAAGGAAACUCUGCAGCCGGCUGAGAACUAAAACACAAACAACACAGUGGUUCUUUCCUCGCUCAAAUUUAUGCCAGAUACCACAAGGAGGAACUGAAAGACUGUGCAAGAGUCUCGUGCUUUCACUUCAUGACAGACUUCUGCAAAGAAAUGAACCUAAUGCAGCCGAGUCUCAACUUAUCAGCUCUUUUAAUCUCCAUUAGUUACGCAAGACAUAUUUGUUCAUCAGUGUUGGUGUUAGAAAUAUUCAAUAGAACACAUCUGAUACACAUAAGAGGCUGAAGCACCAUGGAUGUGUGCGGUCCUGUUUUUUUGCCUUUUUUUUAAACAACAACAAAAAGUAUUGUUAAACAGAACCAGGAAAACAAAACAGAAGUCGGAGCUUACCACUGCUCUGAGGGAUUCUUUCAGUCUGUAAUGUUUUGGCUGUAGCAGGCUUCAAUAGCAGUUUAUCUUUGAGACCUAGCAAGAAUAAACAACACUAAGGUCAUUUCCUGACAAAACUGCAGUAGAGUUUCACAACGGAAACAUCCAGAUCUACCAAACCCUAUGAGAGAUGAAGCAAAGGUGUCAAACUGAAUCCCAAAAGGGCUUAGUGGGUGCAGGUUUUCGUUGCAACCGAUCAGGAACACACACCACAACCAGUCAGGUGUGUAAUCGGUUGUUAGUCAGUUUGUUUCAGCUGACACCUGAUUGGUCAACCUAUAUGUUGAAAAAUGUCAUUGAGAAUGGGAGACAGAAACACUCGAUGAUACAAAAAAAAAAAAAAAAACUCAAAA